GCACGGCUCUUGUCUUCUGGCAUCGCAAGCAUCGUCUCGUACGACGCCAUUUGCCUCUCUGCGUCCGGCACCAUGGCGCGCAUUCAGCCGACGCGGUCGCAGUAUGUGGUUGGCGCGGUUUUUUCUGGUCUACAACUAACAGACAAUUUUGCUGCUAUCUGUGCCCAUGACCCGUCGUAUCCACUGCAAUGUCAGUUGUACCUUGUACAGACUCUCAACUACAUCACGACGUACAUGACAACACAGUCCUCGUCGUCGCUCGAGAGCCGAAUUGCAUGCGUCCAGCCGCUCGUCCGCGACUUGAACAUCUCGUUCAUGAUCUACACCAAGGCCACCGCUUCUUCGCCAAACCUUCAGCUGCGCACCAAGAAGCUCCUCGACGACACUGAAGCGUCCUUCCGCUUCUUUGCAUGGCUCUACCUCUACGACUGGGUCGUCGGCGUCCGUGAAGUCAUUUCAUUUCAGGGCGACAACAACACCCUCACGCUCCUCAGCGACAUUCAGCUGCCAUUGGCCCAAGCUACGCAGCCGUGGGAAGUCCCUGCCAACAUUGCUCGGUACCUGCGAGCCGGCGUACUUUAUGUCACGGGUGUCAUGAUGGCGAUUGCGAGCGUGGUGACCUUGUACAUGCUCGUGAGCCGCGGCCAUUUCGAAGGUCUCAACAUGCUCGAGCUUGGCCGAGUCGGCGGUAUCGUCUGGGUCGGUCGACCGUUCUUGCUGCUACGGAGUAUGACCGCCAUCGUCGUCCUGUCGACAGCGACGCUCGAGCUGCAGUACUCGGGCUAUACAAGUUACUUGGCCACUGUUCAAGAUCCGUGGUACAAGACAUUAUUGGCGGCCAACGAAGUCACGUGGCUCAUUACGAUCGUCAACGACAUCCUUCUCGUUGUCACAGGACCGUACGCGACGCAUUAUGCGAUUCUCAAUGGUCUCUUGGUGUGGGCCAUAGCUGCGCUCCUGACCAUCUUGGCGCCUGUCACCUCGAAGCUUUCAGUGCACCUCGACUGUCACUUGAGUAGCGUCGACCACCAAGCCGAGUGUACCUCGGGCGAGCUGCACAUUGGGAGUGCGUACCGCAUGGCGGUCCUCAUCGGCGCCGUCCUCGCCUCGCACGGGGUCUGCUACCUCGUCGUCCAACGAACGAGCCGCAAGCCGCCGUCGACGCAUGUCGCGUCACUCUUUUUGACGUCGGGGGCCAAAUUCCUGUUUGUGUCGACGCCGUGGAUGUACAAGAACGUCUACUACGUCGACCGCGCGUCGGCGGCGCUAGUCGGUUUCUUGACACUGCGCCUCAGCACCACGUUGGUGGUUUUGGACGUCAAGAUUUGGCGCCAUUUCCAACUGCCACUGACCAAUGACGCGGCGGUGCCGACGGCCCUUCGAUGUGGUGUGCCGCUGCGAGAUACGUGUUAG